AUGUGUGAUGGUCAAGGGACCAAAGUUGACAGUGGCGAUGGAGGGGCCAAAGCUGACAGUGGCAGUGGAGGGGCCAAAGCUGACAGUGGCGUGGAGGGGCCAAAGCUGACAGUGGCGGUGGAGGGGCCAAAGCUGACAGUGGCAGUGGAGGGGCCAAAGCUGGAAGUGGCAGUGGAGGGGCCAAAGCUGACAGUGGCGGUGGAGGGGUCAAAGCUGACAGGGCCGGUGGAGGGGCCAAAGUUGACAGUGAUGGUCAAGGGACCAAAGUUGACAGUGGCGAUGGAGGGGCCAAAGCUGACAGUGGCAGUGGAGGGGCCAAAGCUAACAGUGGCGGUGGAGGGGCCAAAGCUGACAGUGGCGGUGAAGGGGCCAAAGCUGACAGUGAUGGUCAAGGGACCAAAUGAUGGUCAAGGGACCAAAGUUGACAGUGGCGAUGGAGGGGCCAAAGCUGACAGUGGCAGUGGAGGGGCCAAAGCUGACAGUGGUGGUGGAGGGCCAAAGCUGACAGUAGCGGUGGAGGGGACAAAGCUGACAGGGCCGGUGGAGGGGCCAAAGCUGACAGUGGCGGUGGAGGGGCCAAAGCUGACAGUGGCGGUGGAGGGGCCAAAGCUGGAAGUGGCAGUGGAGGGGCCAAAGCUGACAGUGGCGAUAAAGGAGCCACAGCUGACAGUGGCGGUGGAGGGGCCAAAGCUGACAGUGGCAGUGGAGGGGCCAAAGCUGACAGUGGCGGUGGAGGGGCCAAAGCUGACAGUGGCGGUGGAGGGGUCAAAGCUGACAGUGGCGGCCGGUGGAGGGGCCAAAGCUGACAGUGGCGAUAAAAGGGCCAAAGCUGACAGUGGUGGUCGGUGGAGGGGCCAAAGCUGA